CUCCCUCAUUUGGCACAAACAAAGGCAAUCCGAUCUUCAAACUCUCAAGCUCUCUAUUUACUUCUGUUUCAAGAUCUCACAGGAUCAUCAACAUUCAUUUUCUUGUUUCCGGUCAUCCUGCAUUUAUAUAUUCUAGUUUAUACUAGCAACCAGUAAUGGCAGAAAUGAAAGACGCCCAUGUUGUAGAAAUCCCAGUAGAUGAAGAGCAUCAACAGAAGCUCUCACGUGCUUUGAACACAAUCACAGCAAUCCAAAACCAUCCACUGAUGGAGAUCUCUCAGAGUCCAGGCCAUCUUUUGCUUCUCCAGUUGUGGCAAAGAGAGGAAGAUCUUUUUGGCCGCAGGAUUGCUCACAUAGAAUCCAGGCUGGACUCUAUCAAGAGAGAGAUCUUUCAGCUGUGUUGUUUCUUUUUGAUCUUCCAUGGGUUUUUUUUCAACAUUUUGUUUACAUCUUCCGUUAGUGCCCAAGAGCACCACACUUGCAAGAAAUGGUGGAUACCAUCCCUUGUUUCAGUAUCAACUUCACUUGUGUUUGUGUUUUUGGCUCAGGUUCAGCUCUGCAGGUACUGGAAAGUUUGGGGGCAGUUGCAGAGAGAGAGAAACGAUAACCGGGCACUUACAAGAUGCAUUCAAGAACUGAGGAUGAAAGGGGCAAGCUUUGAUUUGUCCAGGGAGCCUCACAUUGGCAAAAGGAUGAAGAGCUCCAGCGUCGAAAUCAAAUGGAAGCCUCAAACAUGGUGCUUUCAGUACCUGAUUACUCUCUGUCUUGUUUGCUUCUCAGGUUUAGUUUUUCCAGCCUGCAAGUUCGUUCUCUGUGGAAUUUGAACUAAAGUUGAAGGCUGUUUAGUUGAAGAUUGCAACAGAAAGCAAUCAUCAAUGAUAUAUGAUUGAUCAACAUGAGUAAAGAGGUCUGCAGAUCUCUCCUGUGCUUUCAUUGGAGAACUGUGAUAUGGCUGAAUCCCAUUUGAGGUCUUCAUUGGGGAUGAAGCAUCUUGGUCCGAUUAUGAUUAGAUAACCUUCAGGAGCUAUGAACUGUGACUCAGGAACUCCGUGACUAGCAGAUAAAUCAAGCAAGAGGUUCACUGAAUGCUACAAUGUUGCAGAGGUGCUUGUGUGACUUUAUGAAGCCUGAGAGAUACACUGAACUUCGAUUCCUUAGUUUCAGAUCUCAAAUACUUCAUCCUAGGCCAGACUCUUACAUUUAAACUUUUGUGCCCGAAGCUCUAUCCCCUGAUGAAAGGAACCAUUAGAAGAUUUUGCAACAUUCUGUACUGCCCAUCAGAGAUUCUAGUAUCAUAUUUCUUGAGAUGGUUUUGAGGUCUCAUUAGCAACACUACUUGUGUGCUCAGUUUAAGCUGCUCAAGAAGUUCUAUUCAAGUCAAAUAAAAAAUCAGUCUUCAUUCUCCUUUCUA